UCGGCAGCUGCAAACUGGAAAGUGCCUGACAGCCAGGGAGGAUUCAGUCAGGAAAACUGCGGCUAGGUUUGUCCACUUAAAUGAGGGAAACUGAUGUUUUCUUCGCUUCGCCGUGUCUGCAGGUAUAAAAUUCUGUGAGCUUGUUUCAUUCGUGUUUUUUUAGCCAGCCAAGUUGAUGCUACCCUGCGAGUGCUAGCUUGUGUUAGCAGGCUAGCUCUUUGUGCGGCUAGGUGCUAGCUGAGGGAUGUUUUGUUGUUGUUGAACUGAGCAGCCCUCCCGUCGUCUGGGAGAGGAGAUUCAUCAGCUGUGUAUGGGAAAAACGCCUGGUCGACGCCUUCUCAUCAACUGACAUUAUCUGUGAAAGUGGCCCGUGAAAGCCCGCUGUUUAACGUUCCUCAAGCGACACCGAGUGAGGAGAGAGUUUGACCGAAGUGGAAGGAGAUGGGAAACUGUCUGAAAUCUCCGACCUCGGAUGAUAUUUCUUUGCUACACGAAUCUCAGUCGGACCGGGCCAGCUACGGAGACGGUGCUGACCCCGACCAGGAGCCACCGCCCCCUUAUCAGGAGCAGCUCCAUGUGCCUGUCUACCACCCAACACCCAGCCAAGCCCGACUGGCCACUCAGCUGACAGAGGAGGAGCAGGUCCGCAUCGCCCAGAGAAUCGGACUCAUCCAGCACCUCCCGAAGGGCGUGUACGACCCAGGGCGGGAUGGCUCUGAGAAGAAAAUCAGAGAGUGCGUCAUCUGUAUGAUGGACUUUGUGUAUGGAGACCCCAUCCGGUUCCUGCCCUGCAUGCACAUCUACCACAUGGACUGUAUAGAUGACUGGCUGAUGAGAUCCUUCACCUGCCCCUCCUGCAUGGAGCCUGUGGACGCCGCACUGCUCUCCUCCUACGAGACCAACUGACACACACACGCACACAUAUGCCCACAGACACCUGUGGGCCAGACUGAACACACACACAUACAAUAUGCACACAAAUGGACACACAACUUUCAUCUUGCUAACCCAUAUCCUGGAUUAGUAAAGUGGUGAUACAAAGCAGUGACCAUGUAAAAGAUUUGGGAUGAACUCUGUGUGUGUGUGUGUGUGUGUGUGUGUGUGUGUGUGUGUGUGUGUGUGAGAGAGAGAGAGAGAGAGAGCAUGCAUGUGCGUAUGUUGUAUGUGUGUGCUGCACAAGUUCCUCAGUUGGCCUGCUGGACAGGAUUGAAGGAACGAGUGCUGGGGUUAACGACGAGCAGGAAGGAGCUGGAUUGUGGAAAGGAGGAUACAGAUGAGAGGAUAAAGGAAGGUCGAGGGGAAUGGAUGACGGUUAACUGGUAUGAUUAAGAAACCUUUCCAAGAUCCGCUUUUUACGCAAACACACACACACACACUUCCUUUAUUUAAUCCCCCUCAUUAAAAUGAAGAGUGACCGAACGCUGGAGGAUGGACAUCUGACCACCGUCACCAGGCUGCAGAUUGUGUUUGUUGGACUGCUGAGACCUAAUUACUUCAGUGUCGCACUGCAAGACAAAGGGAAAGAAACGCCCUUCAGAAGGUCUGCCAGAUGCUUUGAUGUGUCUCCAGACAGACGCCUGUUGAGAGUCAUAUCUGCUGCAAAAACUGCUACACAUGCAGACACGUGAUUUAAAGACUGCUAAAGAUGAACAUCAUACUUCAGACUGCGAACAUCAGAUAUAUUCUGCAGACACACCACAGGCCUCCACUUGGCCUCGGGUCAUCUAGAUCUUAUAGGAGAAAGAUAAGUUUGGUUGGUCCAUUGAUUGUCCUGUGGCUUUGUGAAAUCUGUCCUGUGUUGUUGUUUUGUCAGUCAGCAUAAGGGCUCAGUUGAACCAGUGUUUACCAACAACACAGAUAUGGCAAAGAAAAUACAGUAUGCGCUUUAGUCACAAAUGGGAUGGAUAGCUGGUAGACUGUUGCUGUCAAAUUAUUGACUUCUCAUGACAGCGAGACCUCAGAUUAUUGGCUAAAGCACAAGUAGACCAGUUGGCAAACCAUUGAUACAAAUCAGAUAUUUGCACUUAUUAAUCAGACUUGUGACAAGAGUUGACCAUAAGCAUUCAGUAAUCCUGUCAUAUUAAAGCAUAUGAUUUGUGUUACCUUCAUUCUCAUUACCAUUGCAGUGAUUUGUAAUGAGCCACUGUCUCUGUGGACCUGAGGGGUGAACUACGAAGCGAGACCAGUGAGUUGGCGAGGUCUUUAGAGCCUAAGGCCAGAGUUUUCCAUGUCAUGAAGGGGGUUCUCUUUUCACCUGGCUAGAUUGCCAUGGUAACUUAUGCUACACACCUGCCCUGCUCCGGAGGAUUUUGUGUUCAGAGUUUCAGUUUUGAAAUUUAUAGAAAGCGUCACCCUUUCACUAAUUUUUUUCCCUGACGAUAUUCUCUGUGAGCGAUACAGAUUCUCAGCUGAGGGAAUAUCUUAUAUAUGCAAACCUGCUGAGCCGUACAUUAGUAAUGUCACCGAACGCAGCCGUACAGCAGUGCAAACUGCAUGCUCGCGUUACGUUUUUUUGCCAUGAGAACCUACGUGCAUUCAGUUGGUGAUGAAAAUCAUUUUUUCCCCAUUUCCCCCCUUCAGGUGAAAAGAGUGAUGAAAGCACAGAAACUGUAAACCACUUCAGAUUCAGUUUUUAACAUUGGUCCUGAUUUGCUGCCAAGUCUGUAUCACACUGAUGGUUUUGCAGCUAAUACAACACUGAUUAGAAAAUUAGUCUAUUGGUAAGUAUCACAGACACUGACAGUGGAGUGAGGGGUAAAAUAAAUAUCAGCUUACAAAUUUGGGCAUUGACCCUGAUGAAGGAAACCUGGGUGAACAAAUAAAGUUGAUAACCACCACCAGGAUACUCCUUUCUCUGAUUGGGGUUUUAGGUUUUGUCGAGCCAGCUCACAUGAAGAAAGGCUGUAUGGAUCUUGCUUUGUAGUACACCCCCCCCCCCCCCCCCCCCCCCCCCCCCCGGAGUCUAAACAUGGUUUAGUUAAGGACAUAAAUAAAAACAUGCACGAGGCUGGACUCAUGUAAUGUGUUUGCUUUUAUAAAGUAUCCCUUCUUUUAAAAUCCUGUUUUGUAGUAUAACCAGGCCUUAAGCAAACAUCGCCGGCCAGGGAGGCCGUUAACGCUGGCAGGUGACGCUGGUGAUGGCGAAUGCAUCUGGUUACAAGUUGUCUGUCGCCCAAGUCACCCAGUUUACUAUUAAAGCACAAAGAAAUACACUUGUUCAGUUCUAUUAUCCUUCCCUCUACUAACUCUGGCCUACAUGUGGGUCUGUAAAACUUUGAAUUAAGCAGGAAAUGAUAAAUCAUUUAAGCUCCCCCUGUAUAGCGGGCAUGAUACAGAUCCAACACAGUUUGAAAACAUGCCUUUAGUGAUCUGUGUAUGUGUGUGUGUGUUUGAGAAAAAAUUAAAGGGGGGGGGGGGGGGG